AUGGGACAGCACUCCCAUUCGCGGCGUCCACCGCACACGCCUCUCACCACCAUGCUCGAGUUCCGAACCGCGGGCUUCAACCCCUACAACGUGAAAUACUCGCCCUUCUUCGACCACCGAAUAGCCGUCGGAGGCGGCGCAAACUUCGGCCUCGUAGGCAAUGGCCGGCUGUACGUGCUCAACCUGACCGCCAACGGCAUCGCAUGCGAGAAGUUCUUCGAAACGCAAGACUGCCUCUUCGACAUUGCAUGGUCGGAGCAGCACGAGAACCAGCUCUUAACGGCGGGCGGCGACGGGAGCAUUAAGCUAUUCGACAUCGGCGUUGGACAAUUCCCCGUUGCGGGCUGGCAAGAGCAUGGAAGGGAGGUGUUUAGCGUGCAUUGGAACCUGGUCAAUAAGAGCACCUUCCUUUCGAGCAGCUGGGAUGGGACUGUGAAGAUCUGGUCGCCGGAGAGGAAAGAGAGCAUAACUACAUUGCCGAUCCACUCGUGCGUGUACUCGGCGCAGUUUAGCCCACACCAUCCGGAUAUCGUCACGGCUGUGUCGAGGGAUUCGCACCUGAGGGUGUUUGACUUGCGGACAAAGCCCAGUGCGCAGAAUCAUAUGACGCUCGCUGUGCCGAUUCAUGCGCCUCCCAAGGUGCGCAUGCCCGGCAUGCUGAAUCCGAACAGUGGUCCAACGGAGUGUCUUACGCACGACUGGAACAAGUACAGGGACUCGGUCAUCGCAACGGCUGGAGUGGAUACGAUCAUCCGGACGUUCGAUCUUCGAGUGCCGUCUGGCCCGGUGAAUCUGCUUGCGGGCCAUGACUACGCUGUACGGAGAAUCAGCUGGAGUCCGCAUCUGAGCGACGUCUUGCUGAGUGCGAGCUACGACAUGACAUGUCGAGUGUGGACGGACGGCAGCAAUGUUGACAAGGGCGGGAAUGGAGCGGGCAUGGGGGCCGAGAUGGGAAGAAUGGACCAGCACACCGAAUUUGCCAUGGGUGUGGACUGGUGUCUGUUCGGAGCGGAAGGAUGGUGCGCCACGUGCGCGUGGGAUGAGCGAGUGCUCGUUUGGGACGUCAGGGAAUUCAUGAGAAGAUGA